AUGUCCCGCAUCAUCGAGCAGAAGCAGAUGAAGGACUUUCUCAAACUCUACACUGGCCUCGUAGAACGAUGCUUCGAGUCCUGCUGCAACGAUUUCACCUCUAAAGCGCUCAGCUCGAAAGAGGACACUUGCGUAUCCAAUUGCAUCCAGAAGUUCCUCAAGCACUCGGAGCGCGUCGGUGCACGAUUCGGAGAAGAAAAUGCAAAGAUGAUGGCGCAGCAGCAGAACAAGUGA